AUGGCUCCGGAGCUGUUUUAAGAUGAUGGUGUUUACAGUUUCUAUUCAGAUAUUUGGGCUCUUGGUUGUGUACUUUAUGAACUUGCAUCAGGAAAGCCUCCCUUUUCAGCAACAGGCUUAAAAGAUCUUAUAUCAUAGAUUUGCGAAUCUGAAACACCAAAAGUUGAGGGAUUCUCUCCAGUUUUCAAUGAUUUGUUAGCUAGACUGCUAGAAAAAGAUCCUGUCAAAAGAAUAUAUUGGGAACACUUAAGAAAGCAUCCCUUCUGGUCUAAAGAGAUCAAUCAAAGAAAUCUGCCCAAACAGCCAUAAUUUGACCAAUACCUGACUGGUAGAAAUAUCAAUGUAGAUGAGUUUUAUCUUUAAUAGGAGAGGAAUGCUUAUUUUGUUCCGAAUGUGCAUUACAAGGUUCCAAAAAAGGUUGACCCCGUAAGAAUUAGUUAGAAUGUGAAAAAGAAUCUCUUAAAAGAUAACUCCUCUGUUUAUUAGAAAUAAGAGGAGGAAAUUGGAGCAGCAAUGGAUGUAAAUUUGAUAAGUAAAGAUAUGGAGUUGAAUUUUUCAAACAAAAACGAUGAUGAGGACGAGACUGAUCUUAAAAAUGGACUCCUUGAUAAUGAAGAAAAUCAAGAAGAAGUAAAAGCUGAAAAAUUUAGUUUGGGGCCUGAAGAAUAAAAAGAUCUCAAGAUAGGAAAGAGAGAUCAGCCUCUAGCAAGCAGGCCAACAGCUGGAAGAGGAAAAUUACAAGAUAAUGAUCAAGAGUAGAUUAUACAGAAGCAAGAUUCAAAGAAACUAAAUCAAUAAAAUGAAAUCUAGUAAUAAUAGCCAUCACCUAGCAAUUAGCAAAGUAUACUUGAUUAAGUUCAACCAUCGGCUUAAGCUAAAGUACCUUUGAAAACAAUUGAUCAGCUAUUGAUUCAUAAUUCUGAUACAGCUGUCAAACCCAUUAUAGGCAAUAAAGAGAUUGAGAAGAUAGGAGAAUUAGUAUUCAAUGGUUAAUAACUUCCAUUUGAAGCUCUUAGUGUGGAUUAAGUUGCAGCUACAAUUAACUCUUCCACAAUUGAAAGUCAUUUGCAUGAGGUUUAUAAUGCAAUGGCUUCUAGUGGUACAGUCAAUGACAAGAUCAAUGUACUAUGCUACUUUGAAUCUAUCAUUCUUAAUUCUAAUGUAGCCAAUAUACUCAUAAAUUCAGCAUUUAUGGGUCUCUUACUAAAACUUAUGAAAAAUGUUAAGAGCCCUCAUCUUAAAAUCAGACUUUGCUCAAUUAUAGGUCAGCUUAUAAGACAUUCAACUGUUAUUGGUAAUGAAGUUGCUGAAAGUGGUUUGGCUUUGCUUCUAUGUGAGAUUUUGAAAGAUAAAAGCGAAAAAGUUAGAAGAAAAGCAGUUGCCUCACUUGGAGAAUUCUUGUUUUAUGCUGCAACUUAACUUGACGAUGAGCAGGUUGAAGCAGUCUGGGAAAUUCCACAAGGUGCAAUUUAAACUUUGAUCAAAUCUUUGAAUGUAAAUGAGGAUGAAGUGGUCAGGUUUUAUGCUUGCAAGACUAUUGAAAAUAUAACUGCUUAGUCAAUAAGUGCUGGAUGUAAUUUUGCCUCUCUUGAAGUGGCUACUCUCCUUCUGAACAUUUACCAUACAACUAAAAAUGAUCCGUUUAAAACAUCAGCUGCUGUUUCAAUUUCCCACAUCUGCAAAUUAAACACAACUCUGUUCCCAACCAUUUUUGAGUCAUUGACUUGCAAACAAUUUUCUUUAGCUUUACUAGAAGGAUCCUCUAGGAUAUAACAAGCAUUUAUAACUAUGCUUAAUAUAGCUCUUACACAGCCAUAUCCAAAGUUAAAUGAUACACUCUAAGAUGAUGAAAACUUCUUGAUUUCAAUAACUAAAAUGCUUGAAAACUAAUCUAUAGUUCUACGAGGAAAAGCUUUGCUAACUUUCUUGCUUCUUUUCAAGAUGAAUCCCUAAUGGUUCGUGAUUGUCAUUGAAAUGGAUUUCUAUAAAGGAGUGGACAAACUUUUAAGAGAUAGUUUCAAAUAUGUGUAAUGCUGUCUAAUUUGCCUCCUUGAAUCAGUAUCAUAGAUGGUUCCUUAACUUUUAUAAUAACUGACUGAUGCUUUCAAUAAAUUGAUUUCAGGCUAACCAAUACUAGAUGAUGAUAGGUCAAAGAGCUUGCAAAAGGUUCUUUAAGGAAGUAAGCAAGAAUUUUCAUCACUAAAAGGUGGACUUCUAAACAUUCUGACUAUUAUUGAGUUCAUUAAUUCUUCAGCUUUGAAAUCCAAGGUUUGUAAAUAAAACCUCAUCCAAACUUUAAGUUACAUGAUUGAGCACAGUGAAACAAUAAAAGGUAGCUAAGUUAUGGAUGAGUUUAGAAGAGCACUAUUUCUUGUAGCUGAAUCGAUAUCAAAGCAUAGUAAAAUACUGGUAGCCUAAAACAAGGAUAUUAUAGAAAACCUUUUACCAGUUUUAAUUAAGAAAAUAGACUCAGACUCAGCAGACGUAAGAUUUUUGUCAUUGAAACUAUUCUCUGAUUACAUUACCUAAUAUAUGAACGAGGAAAAGAUAUAUAACUGUGAAGAGAACAAUGAAACUACAAAGGCAAUAAAUGAACUCAUUCUUAAAAAGUUAUUUCCACACUAUGGUAUGAUUUUAGCAGAUAAGGACCCAAUGCCUCUUUAUGGUCUAAAAUUACUCCAAAUAAUUGUUGAAAGGAAUUCAGCGUUCAUCACUAUUCUCAAAAAGCUAAAGUUGAUCUCAGUAUUACUCGACUACUUUGCGAUUGGACAUCCAAAGUUCAAUGGAUUUAUUGUCAAAAUUGUAAAACUUAUUGUACAAUCAAGAGAAGUAGAGCUAGAUGAGUUAGUAAAGUUAAAUCUAAUUGAAAAAAUAAACUCGAUCAUGGCUCAUAUGAUGACUAAUAACCAAGAAUGGUGCUCUGACCUCUUGCUUGAAAUUAUGAAUGAAAUUUUGCACUAAGCUGCAGACUUAAAGAAGGCAGAUCCCCAAUCAGCACUUCCUUAAUAAGUUUUUGAUUCUCUUUUGAUAAACUUUAAGGCUUUCGUUAAACUAUUGAUUGCUAGUGACAACAUUGUUGAAAAAGCCAGUUAAAACAUUCUCGCAUUUAUUCACUUUACUAUGGUCUAAGGUAUCCAAAAGAACGCUGAUCUUCUUCAAAUAACUGAGGAUUAAUUACAAUUUUUCCUUCCCACAUUUAAGCUUGAUAAGCCCACAAUUUCAAAAAGCUUGAUCAAAUCCCUCUAUUGGGCAAUGACAUGUAAUGCUUUGAUUAACCCUAAUACAAUUUUAGAAAAUCUUAAGCUAAGUCCAGACAAUAACAAAGCAUUGGCAAAGAUAGCUGAGCAAUUAGUGACAUCAGAUGAUAAAUCAAUAAGUAACACAGCCAGGGAAGUUUUGAAGAUUUGUAAAUCUUGA